CCCCCCUCUCCUCCGCCAUGGAAGGUUUCGACGACUCCUUCUAUCAGGCACACUAUCCCAUACAGGACCCCCAACUGGGUCCUCCCUCCGAUCAUCCUCACGCCCAGCAAAAUUCUCUCCUUCCGCUAGCUUACCCCAAUUCCGAUCAGUUUCAACCGGGAACUUUUCCCUACCAAUCGCACCCCUCAGAUUUCUUGUCCAACGGUGCCCCUGGUGCCCUAAUCCCAUCCCAUCCAAAUGCAUUGGCUCUGCAUCAAUCCGGUCUGCAUAGCCACCACCCGGCCCCGUCCAGGACACCCGGUCUGGGAAGCCGAAUCGCAAAUGCCUCGAUGCAUGCCUACGAUCCGAUGUCUUUCCCGGGCCACGGCAUGGUCAUGAGCAUGGAAGCAGCAAAUAGCUUCGCUUACGAUGCCUCCACUUUCCAUACAACCGGCGCUUUAGAUCCCAAUCUCGAUCGCCAUCCUACUGUCCAGCGCCCCCCUUUGCCUACCCAUGUCAUUGAUCUAGAUCCUCCCGUUCUUGCUGCAUAUUCCAUUCCCCGGAAUCAAUCGGCUCUCGCCACCACAUACUGGGCUCCGCCUGUAGCUCAGGAUCUAAGCACUCCCGUACAACCUGCAGUCGCCGCCGCCUCCGCCGCCCCCGCCGCUGCCAGGCCUCCCGCCGAAACCCCCUCCACAUCGACGGCCCGCCCCGCGCGGCGUGCUGGUGCUGCUGCACAGGCGGAAGUGCAACAGCAGCCCUACGGGCAAGCCUCGAAUACCACCGUAUCCCAUCGAUUCAUCCAGCCAAAGCGGCCUUCACCAAAGGCAGCCGUACCGCCUCGGGCCAAGACAGAAGUGGGUAGCGAGUCUCCAUAUUCCAGCAUUUACUCCAGCAGUGGCUUCGAUAUCUUGGGCAUAUUGGCUCAAGUAGUGUCCCGGCCGGAUGCCAAGAUAAAUAUUGGUGCGGUGGACUUGUCCUGUGCCUUUGUGCUCUGCGAUAUCACCCAGGAUGACCAUCCCAUUGUGUACGUCUCGGAAGCGUUCGAGCGGCUCACUGGUUACACCAAUGAUGAGAUCGUGGGCCACAACUGUCGGUUCCUGCAAGGUCCCGACGGUGUGGUGUACCAGGGCAUGCCGCGGAAGUUUGUCGAUGAGAACACCGCCUUUCGCUUCCGGUCAACCAUCGAGGAUCGGGCUGAAAUUCAGGCCAGUAUCAUCAACUACCGAAAAGGUGGACAACCUUUCGUGAACUUGGUUACCAUGAUUCCGAUUCGAUGGGGUGGCCCGGAUUACCGCUUUUACGUCGGCUUUCAGGUCGAUUUGGUCGAACAGCCCGACGCUGUCACCCGACGAAACCCCAAUGGCACGUACAUGAUCAAUUAUCAACGCAGUCAAUUGCCCAACUACGUAGUCCCGUCUCCGGAGAUGUACCGAGUCAACCCGGAGCUGAUUACUAUGUGGGCUCCGGAGCAGGUGUCGACAAUUCUCGACAGCCUAAACGGCUCUAUGCCCAUCUAUCGAGAAUUACUGGAUCGAGUUUUGGUGGAAAACACGGACGAUGUCAUUCAUGUGCUUUCGUUUGAGGGUGAAUUCCUCUAUCUGUCCCCGUCUUGUCCCAAGGUCUUGGAAUAUGACGCGGUAGAACUAGUUGGGAAGGGCUUGUCCACCGUCUGCCAUCCGAGUGACAUCGGUCCUGUGAUUCGCGAACUCCGUGCCUGCAUUACUCCCGAGCCAGUGAGUGUGGCGUACCGCAUCCGGAAGAAACAUAGUGGAUAUGUCUGGUUCGAAAGCCACGGGUCGUGGCACAUCACCGACCGCGGACGGCAAUACAUGGUUCUGGUGGGUCGUCCCCGGGCCGUGUACAGUCUUGAUCAUGUUGCUGUCGUUGGCCGUGGAGGCUUGGCAGAGAACGACCUUUGGGCUAAGCUGUCGAUGUCCGGAAUCGUCCUCUAUGUUUCAUCGAAGACGCGGCCGGUGCUAGGUCGGUUGCCGGAAGACCUGAUUGGUAAGAGCAUUCAGGACCUAAUGGGAGCGGACACGCGACCACAGGCCUUGCAGGCGCUCGAGGCAGCGAGGGGUGGCCAACAGGUUUCGUUCAACCACAAGAUCCGUCACCGCAAGGGCCACAUGCUCCCGGUGCAGACGACGCUUUUACCCGGCGAUGCAAAAGAAGGGGCCCCGCCUUCUUUCCUGGUGGCGCAGUUACGCUUCCCAAAGAUGUCCACGCCCGGGGCAUCUGACGAACCGGGUUCAUCAACUGACCUGGGGCUCGCGCCAACCGGGGUGGACUUAUCCGGGCUGGUGGGAACCAACCGGCUGCCAGCGGGCAAUCAGCAAUUAGCCUCGUUGGAAGAUAAUACGCUGUUCACGGAGCUGGCGCCCACGCGGGGUUCCAGCUGGCAGUUCGAACUGCGGGAAUUGGAGAAGCAGAACCGCACCCUGUCGGACGAGAUGCAGCGGUUGAUCACACGGCGGAAGAAGCGCAAGCGCAAGCAGAGCACCAUUGUGGUGGAAAAGAGCUGCUCGAUGUGCCGGGCAAAGACCACCCCGGAGUGGCGGCGGGGACCCAGUGGCAACCGGGACCUUUGCAACAGCUGUGGACUGCGCUGGGCGAAGCAGGUGCGGAACGCGGCUCAGGCGACGGCCGGCGCGGUCCGCCCGGGCGUGACCUCAUGAUGAGUGAUGAAUUGUUUCGUUGUAUUUGUGGAUCCUUCUAGCGGUUGCUGCUUGAGUUUCUGGAUAGUCUUCUGAGCAUUUCAUUCCUGAGAUACCAUUUGUGAGUAGGAUGGCUUGGCCUGGCCUCCAAGGGGCGUGUGCGGUUUUAUAUGGAAUGAUUGAUUAAUUAUGAGGGAAAUGGAUGGAUGUGCAUUGCUGCGGGCGGCGUUUUCUUUUGGUUGGGUGCGAUGAAUUUGAAUUGUAUACUACUAAGAAGGGUUUGACUUGGAUAUCAAAUUGUGGCGGAACCUGCAGAAAGCUGAGAAGGAAAGCGUUUCGGACUCUUCGAUGACUUGUCAUUACAGUUGAGUGUCUAGUCUGUAUAGCAAAUGACACCUGAAUAUACUUCAAGC